AUGGUACAGUCCGGUACCCCCCGGGAGCACAAUGGUAUAGACCACCCUCCCUGGGCAGCGCUGUGGAAGARCCCACCGGGGGCCUGGGCCGCACUGCUGGGCCGGCAGCACCCGCAGGCCCGGGAGUUCUGCCCGGGGGUGAACAACCGGCCCUAUGUGUGCGAGACCGGGCACUGCUGCGGGGAGAGCGGCUGCUGCACCUACUACUACGAGCUGUGGUGGUUCUGGCUGCUCUGGACCAUCCUGAUCCUGCUGAGCUGCUGCUGCGCGUUCCGGCACCGCCGGGCCAAGCUGCGCCUGCAGCAGCAGCAGCGGCAGCGUGAGAUCAACCUCAUCGCCUACCACGGUGCCUGCCACUACCCYCCUUCCGCGGGGGACCUCCGGCUGCUGGCCUCCUUCAAGCUGCCGGCGUACGAGGAGGUGGCGCAGCGCCCMGGGACGCCGCCGCCGCCCUACAGCCCCGGGAGCCCCUCGCUGUCCCCCGGCUCCUCAGGGGGCUGCAGCUCCUGCUCGUGCGGCUGCUCCUGCGCCUCCUCCCCCAGCAGCUCCUCGCUCUCGGCACCGGGCACCGACGAAACGGACCCGGAGCCUGGCCCGGGCCCGGGGGAUGGCAGUGCCGGCCGUGACGGCGGCUCCAGCAGCACCGGUACUGGUGUCAGCUGGGACCUGCCCCCGCCCGAGGAGCCGCCCGCCCGCGGGGGACCCCCCAAACAAGUCCCCCGGGACUUCUGCGAGGCCGAGGGCCGCCCUUGCUCUGACACCGAGGGGGGUGAGGAAGGGAGGAGCGGGAUGGUGCCAGGGGAUGGGGGCGGGCGGCACCGGCGGCUCACAGGGGAUUCAGGAAUCGAGGUGGGCCGGGGCCCGGAGGAGGAGGAGGGCGAGCCCGAGAGCUGCGGGGGACCGGGGGAUGGUGGGGGGCCCGGCUCACCUGUGCUGCCUGUCUGAGCCCGCCCCAGGACCCCCAACUGGGGUCUGGACUCAACACAGAGCCCCUGGGGGCCCCUCACCCUGACUGACACCCACCCUGCAGCGUGAUGGGGUCCUGCUGAAGCCCCCUCCCCUCUGAACUGCUUCUGGGGCCUCCCCCCCGAUCCCGGUGCUGCUGCCCAGGGGGGCCCCAUUGCCGGGGGGUGCCCAAGGCCGUUGGGGUGGGUGGUCCCGACACAUUCUCUCACCAUUAAAGAGAUGUGCAAAUACC